CCAGGAGCAAGGCUGGCAGAGCAGCAGUCGCGAUGAGCCUUCCGAACGGAGUGGACGUGGGAGGAUUGCAUCCGGUACUCGGCGCCCUGCCGCCGGCGUUCUUUCUGCGGGCGUCGGAACGCUACCAGCGAACGCCAAAGUGUGCCCGCUGCCGCAACCACGGCGUGGUGAGCGCACUGAAGGGCCACAAGCGCUACUGUCGGUGGCGUGACUGCAUGUGCGCCAAGUGCACGCUGAUCGCCGAGCGACAGCGGGUGAUGGCAGCUCAGGUGGCGCUUCGGAGGCAGCAGGCGCAGGAAGAGUCCGAGGCCCGCGAGUUGGGUCUCGUCUACUCUGCCCCCGCGCCGCCAACCCCCGGGGCGCCGCCUCCGCCUCCGCCCUCUCACCCGCACCUCGCAUUGCCACCGCCACCGCAGCCGCAGCCGCAGCCCCAUCACCAACACCAUCAGCCACUGACCCUGUCCGCCGAUAGUCCUGGCAGCAAGAGGGCACGCCUGAGUGAAGAUGACGACACAUCGAACGACGAAGCGGACAGAAGCGGCAGUCGAUCGCGGAGUGUGUCACCUCCGCGGUUACCGCACAGCAUGCCUCUUCCACCACCUGCACAUUCCUCCUCACCACCAGAGGAUGAGAGCAGUGACUUGGACUCUGCCCCCGAAAACCUCUCGCUGCCAAAACGGUGCUCACCUCCCCCAACGCCCACACACCCCUCGCAGCAGCAGCCGCCCCUUCACACGCCGCCCCCACACCCGCAUCCGCAUCCUCACGCGGCGUUUGCAGCCGCAGCCGCCGCCGCAGCUGCAGCCGCAGCCAACUCACCUUUCUUCCCGGCGGCGCAACGCUCUCCCGUCGACGUGCUGCUGCGGGCGUUUCCGGGCCGCCGACGCUGCGACGUCGAGGCUCUCCUGCACCGCUGCAAGGGUGAUGUGCUCACCGCUAUCGAAAUGAUGGUCAGUACCACUACCCUACCAAAACAACAUAGUAGUACUCAUUUUAAUUACUGUAAGCAUGCUGAUGUGAUUUUAAAUUCAAUUAAAUUGGAUAAUAAACAGACUUAUUGUGCAACCCGGUUGCAACUGACAAUAGAGCAUUCUUAAUCUAGAAGGUUAGAGGUUUUCCGGGUAUUCAGCUUAUCUCAUCGGUUCUCGUGGCAUUCCAUUGCAUUCAAUCACCCUUAAUAUUUAACAGACUCUUGUGCAACCGGGCCAUUACUUUUCAAAUACAAUUAUCAAUUCCAUUUCCAAAUACUUGGCUAGUGUUCACGUAUGAAGCAAGGUUUGGACGAAAUACUCUAUCCUGAAAUUGAAACUCAAAUCUACAUGAAACUAUUUCUAGGUAAUAUUGUGUUUGCAGUUGGAGAAUUCAUAGGGUUGUUCAAAGUCAUUAGAGUUCAUGUAUUUUAAUUUCAUAGGGAUUGACCAAACUUACUCUGAUAAUUUUAUGGAUGUUCACAAGAAGUUAG